UUGCAACAACAGUGUUAAUAUUUUUCAUUCUGCAGGAUUGUUAUGACUACAUCCCGUGCCGAGUACUUCAAAAUCUUUGCUGCCUCUCCCAAAACGGAGCGAGGUUUUCCAACAGUGUUGAGUGGUGAUCCAAAAGGCAAGAAUUUCCUAUACGGAUUCGGAAACACUGUUUUCAUUCGGAACAUCGAAGAUCCCUCCCAGUGCGAAUUGUACACGGAGCAUGGAGCUCAAGUGAAUGUUGCCAAGUAUGCACCUUCGGGUUUCUAUAUCGCAUCGGGUGACGAGAGUGGCAAGAUCCGAAUCUGGGACACUACACAAGCCGAACAUAUUUUGAAAAACGAGUUCACGCCGUAUGGAGGAGCAAUCAAGGACCUAGCAUGGUCUCCUGACAACCAGAGAAUGAUCUGUGGAGGAAGUGGCAAAGACUCAUAUGCCAGCGUGUUUCUGUCUGAUACUGGAACGACAACCGGAACUAUUUCCGGUCAUAGCAAGACUGUCAACUCCUGUGACUUUAAACCGACACGGCCUUUUAGAGUAGUGACAGGUAGUGAAGAUAUGACAGCGGUGUUGCAUGAAGGUCCACCGUUCAAGGUCAAGUCAACUUUUCAAGAACAUACCAACUUUGUUCAGUGUGUGAGAUUUAGCCCGGGAGGUGAAGUGUUUGCAACAUGCUCAGCGGACAGGAAAAUUGGACUUUUUGAAGCUAAAGACGGAAUUUUGAAAGGUUAUUUCCAAGAUGGCGAAACUGCGCAUGGUGGAAGUGUAUAUAGUGUCUGUUUCUCGUCAGAUGGAACUAAGUUGUUGAGUGUAUCGGCUGAUAAGACUGCCAAAAUCUGGAAUGUCGCAACCUUGGAGCUCCUGAGGACUUUCAAGUUUGGAACCGAAGUUGGAAGCAUGCAAGUGGGAUGCCUCUGGCAGAAUGACCAUAUCAUAACGCUUUCACUGGAGGGACAAAUUACAUAUCUGGAUUACGAUAAUGUCGAGUUGCCAAAGAAAGUGGUGAAGGGUCAUAACAAGAAAAUCACCAGUCUGUGUUUCGUGAAGUCCGAGGAUGGGAAUCACACGAUGUUCUCGGCAGACUUCGUUGGAAGUGUGUACAAAUGGGACCCAAAUACGGGUGAUUGUCAGUCAGUAACGGGUGGCAAUUUGAAAGCGCAGGUGGUGUCCAUGGCCAACAGAGGUGGAUGCACAAUUGCAGUUGCCUCGUAUGACGACACCGUCCGAUUCAUUGACAGCGCCAGUUGUUCCUUUGUAGGCGAGCCUCUCAAGUGUCCUUCUCAGCCUCAAAAAGUAGUGGCGCUGAAUAGUUCUUCUGCCUUGGCAGUUGUCGGAUGCCUUAAUCACGUUAUCAUAAUCAAUGGACUCGAUGUUGUCCAUACCAUGGAUCUGAAGUAUGGCCUAAAGAAACUUGCAAUUUCGCAUGAUGGUCAGAAAGUGGCUCUGUCUUGUGCUGAUAAGAAAGUGAGAGUUUUCAAUCUUGUUGGUGAAGUUAGCUUGGAGCCUGACAAGGAAAUCACCUUGAUAAAUGAGCCUUCGAACCUGGAGUUCUCACCUGAUGGAAAAUUUCUUGCUGUGAUUGACUCGACUCGUGUGAUCAAAGUGUACGAAGUGAAAGAGGGGGAAUACGAGUUAAAGUGUGACUUGUGCUACCAUUCGGCAAGAGUAGACAUGCUUGCAUGGCACAGUGAUUCGACUCACUUGAUAUCCGCCGGACUGGAUACCAAUAUCAUAGUCUGGAAUGUCAACAGCAAAGCCAACUUCUCCAAGCUCAUGCAGACUCAUCCUAAGAGUAACAUUACUGGACUGGCAUGGGUAGAUGAUGAUACCAUUGUAUCCAGUGGCUUCGAUGACUGUAAUAUUAAACUGUGGAAGCCUGAGUUGCUGUGAGAAAAAAAAUCAAAUCCAUACUGAACUUAAUCAAACUUCAUCGAAAAUAUCUGCCUCUGCUAUUUUGAAAAGAGUUUGAGCUAAAUCCUAAAACAGGUCAAUGAAAUCUGAUGACAACGGCUACAUUGCAGCGGUCUAUUGUUACCUCAAAAUUUAAAUUGUACAGACUGAAAUGGUAUUAUUAUUAUUGUAUUAGAGGAUGCUUUGACAUCGAUUUAUCAUUAUGAUGCGUUUGAUAUGGUAGAUGAAUGAACGAAUUGGCUACUGUUGGUGUGAUUGACUGAAAAGGCGUUCAAAUAUUUAUAUUGUGAACGGUUUUCAAUAACUCAAAUUGAUUUUUUAUGCUUUCAUUAUUACGCUGAGCACUUUUGAGACCAGCUGCCAAGCUAUCGUUCGCUGGCAAGUUUUGUACAUGAAGGCUUCUUGAAGUUAUAAAUAACAUUGCUUUGAUUUUGCUAUUCAUAAGCUGCUGUACAUAAAUAUUUGUCAUCAUAGAUUUUGACAGAAACCGAAUCAAUUUAUAGAAAUGUUUUUAUACUUCCUGAAUCAACUUUCAAAUUUUGCCUGGAAAGCCAUUAAUAAAUCUAUUUAAUUCAAUGUGUAUUUAAUGAUUUGUUAUCUUCCGG